UUAAGCUAAGACUACAUGCCGAUAGAAAAAUGUAGUUGUCGAGAAAUUAAAAAACAAACCUCUUCCUCUUUUAUGGAAGGACUGGGUAACUUCUAUUUUGGCUGAUAAACCUACAGACAGAACAAUCAGUUUUCCAUUAUUGAGAUUCCUGUUUGUUUUAGCAUGGCGGAGCUUGGACUUCACAGAAUUCUCCUCUUGAUUAUUUCUCUGACCAAGUAUCUGGAGAGCACAAAACUGCUGUCAGGCUUCAAAAAAUGUGGUGACUUGGAAUGUGAAACUUUAAUAAGCAGAGUCUUAGCCGUGACAGACUACACAGGACCUGACUGCCGAUAUCUGAACUUCACUGAAGGAGAAGAAAUAUUUGUUUAUGUGAAACUUGCAGGAGAAGGGGAAGACUUAUGGGCAGGAAGUAAAGGAAAAGACUUUGGAUAUUUUCCCAAAGAUGCAGUCCAGAUUGAAGAAGUGUUCAUAUAUGAGGAAGUUGAAAUGUCAACUAAAGAAUCUGACUUUCUUUGUCUUCUUGAGGAAAGGUAUAUAUUUGAUAAUGAGGAAAAUGAGUUAAACACUGAUAGUGGUGAAAAAGUAUAUCCAUAUGAAGAAGAUGAAGACCAAAGCAUGGGUAUAUAUGAAAAUGAUUUUCAGUUCGAAUCUGGAUUUGAUCCAAUUUCUGAAAGUACUUUGUUUGAAGAACAGUUUUCACUAUCAGAGGCUCUUGAAGGUAUAAGAAGCACUAGUGAAUCAAAAGACCGGGACGAAGCAGAAGCUGGAAGUGUGGAACAGGAUCCUGUUCCAGAAGAGAGUCGUUACCCACAAUCUUCAUCUGUGCCUGGAGGGAAAGGAUGGUUUGAAUUCAGAGAGGAACAAGCCAACGAACUGAUUUUUGAAUCAGUUACUGAACUUUCACAAGAAAGCUCAUUUCAAAUUACAAAAAUGGCAGUGGAUGAUGAGAAUGACCUAGAGGAAUUAAAUCGUAGUGAAUAUCAGAAAGAACAGAAGCAAGAAACGGAGCUAGAAUUUGGUUUAAUAACAAAGAAGCAAUCUGAACAGGAGUCUGAGAAUAUUUUAGAACCUCAAACCACUGGGUGGUUUGAUGGUGGAUUUACAGAUUAUUUAGGUUUUAGAAACGAGGAUACAGAACUUGAGUCAUUGUCUCAAGAAAAUAAUACACCACUAGAUGUUCCUAAUUCUGUUUCAUCUGAUAAAGAUCCUCCAAUUCCAUGUGCAGAAACAGAGAAAAAAGACUCAGUCACUAAUGAUAGCUCAGUUUUCAAGCCAGGUUGGUUUGAUUUUGGUUUUGGCAUGCUAGCCUUUGCAUAUGCUAAUGAAGAAAAACUUGUAUCAGAUGAUGGAAAAAAUGAGGAAAAAGGUGAAGGAGAUAAACAGGAACAUCUUCCAAGUGAACUUGAUCUUGAUAAAGAACAAGAAGUAAAAAUAAUAAAAACCAUGGAAACUGAAGAUCAAACAGUUGACGAAAAUGUUUUAGUGAAAGCAGAUAAUUCUGACACUAUGGCAUACUUUCAAAAGUUUUUUCAUAACUUUGACAACCCUUGGAACUUCCAGAACAGUCCAAAGGACACAGAAUUACCAUUCUCUGAACUCAUACAGGAUGAAGAAGACACAGUUUCUAAAAGAGAAUGGCCUAAGACAACUAAUGAAGACACACAUUUCAAAAAUUAUGAUGAAAAAUCAGAAAUAUCAUUAGAUACUGAAGACACUUAUGAAUUGGAAAUGGACAUAUUUUUGGAAAAUAGCCUACUAAACAGUGAGUUGUUUUCAACUGAUAACUCCUUGUCUUCUCAUAAAGAAGAAGCUUCAGAGCAUCAGACUGAUUCAUUUCAGUUUUAUGGUUAUGAUUUUUUGAGUUCUGCUUUUUCAUCAGUUAGAAUUCUUAUAGAAAUGGUGGUGGCAACAUUACCUGAAGAUAUGAGACCAGGCCCUAAUCCUUAUGGUUUUCCAUGGGAGUUAGUGAUUUGUGUAGCUAUCGUUGGAACUUUUGCUGUUUUCUUGCUAUUGUGGAGAAGUUUUAAGUCGAUUAGAAGCCGACUUUAUGUGGCAAGAGAGGGAAAGCUUGCUGUGGAACUUUCUUCACUAAUAGAAGAAAAAUGUAAAUUACUUGAAAAAUUGAGCCUUGUUAAAAAAGAGUACGAAGGCUUAGAGCCAUCUUUAAAGGAUGUCAGCCCUGAGGAAUCAACAGAAGCACAGAGCUUGGAGGAAACCUAUGAGAAAUUGAACAGGUCUAACUCUGAACUUGAGAAUGAAAUACAGUCUCUUGAAGAACAGUUGAAAGAAGAGAAAUCCAAACAUUCUGAACAAGAUGAAUUGAUGGUGGAUAUUUCUAAUAGGAUACAGUCUUUAGAAGAAGAAUCAAAAUCCCUCAAAUCACAAGUAGCUGAAGCCAAAACAACCUUCAAAAUAUUUCAAAUGAAUGAAGAAAGACUUAAGGUAGCAAUAAAAGAUGCUUUGAGUGAAAAUUCCAAACUUCAGGAAAGCCAGACACAGCUUUUGCAAGAAAUUGAAACAUGGAAAGAACAAAUAAGUGAACUUGAUAAACAGAAACAAACAUUUGAAGCCUCCAAAGUAGAUGCAGAACAAGUUCUGUAUGAUAAAGAAAAACAGAUCAAGGCUCUGACCGAACGCUUGGUGGAGAUGAAAGAUUGGUCCGCUGUGCUUGGCGAAGACAUAGCAGAUGAUGAUAAUCUGGAAUUGGACGUGAAGAGUGAAUCAGAAAGUGAAAACCAACCAAAAGGAGCUUUGAAGAAACUGAUUUAUGCAGCUAAGUUAAAUGCUUCUUUACAAACUCUUGAAGGAGAAAGGAACCAAAUUUACACUCAGUUAUCUGAAGUAGAUAAUAAAAAAGAAGAGCUUACAGAGUAUAUUAAAAAUCUUCAGGCUGAGCAAGCAUCUUUGCAAUUAGAAACUACGCAGUUUGAAAGUGAGAAUCAAAAGCUUCAGCAAAAACUUAAAGUAAUGACUGAACUGUACCAAGAAAAUGAAAUGACACUUCACAGGAAACUGACAGUAGAAGAAAAUUACCGGUUAGAGAAAGAAGAGAAACUGUCUAAAGCAGAUGAAAAGAUCAGCUAUGCAACUGAAGAGCUGGAGAUGUAUAGGAAGAGAGCCAAAGAUCUUGAAGAAGAAUUGGAAAGAACCAUUCAUUCUUAUCAAGGGCAGAUUAUUUCCCAUGAGAAAAAAGCACAUGAUAAUUGGUUGGCAGCUCGGACUGCUGAAAGAAAUCUCAAUGACUUAAAGAAAGAAAAUGCUCAGAACAGACAAAAAUUAACUGAAACAGAACUUAAAUUUGAACUUUUAGAGAAAGAUCCUUAUGCAUUUGAUGUUCCAAAUACAGCGUUUGGCAGAGAGCAUUCCCCAUAUGGUCCCUCACCAUUGGGUCGACCUUCAUCUGAAACGAGAGCUUUUCUCUCCCCUCCAACUUUGUUGGAGGGUCCACUCAGACUCUCACCUUUGCUUCCAGGGGGAGGAGGAAGAGGCUCAAGAGGCCCAGGGAAUCCUCUGGAUCAUCACAUGGCUAAUGAAAGAGGAGAAUCAAGUGAUCGCUUAACUGAUCCUCAUAGAGCACCAUCCGACACUGGUUCCCUCUCACCUCCAUGGGACCAGGAUCGUAGGAUGAUGAUCCCAACCUCAGGCCAACCAUAUCCGGAUCCAGCUUUUCCUCCACAAAGGCAAGACAGAUUUUAUUCUAACUCUGGUAGACUAUCUGGACCAGCAGAACUCAGAAGUUUUAAUAUGCCAUCUUUGGAUAAAGCAGAUGGGCCAACUUCUUCAGAAAUGGACUGCAGUAGAAAUGAUAGCAAAGAUGACCUUGGUAAUGUAAAUGUGCCUGAUUCAUCUCUUCCCUCCGAAAGUGAAGCAACUGGCCCUGGCUUUGUUCCCCCACCACCUCAUCCAGUUAGAGGUCCAAUGUUUCCAAUGGAUGCCAGGGGCCCAUUCAUGAGAAGAGGACCCCCUUUUCCUCCACCUCCUCCAGGGAGCAUGUAUGGCGCACCUCGAGAUUAUUUUCCACCAAGGGAUUUCCGUGGCCCACUACCUCCUCCAUUCCCAGUGAGAAAUGUCUAUGCACCGAGAGGUUUUCCUCAAUACCUACCCCCGAGAGCUGGAUUUUUUUCCCCACCCCCACAUCCUGAAAGUAGAAGUGAGUUCCAAUCAGGGUUGAUUCUGCCAUCAAAUGAGCCAACUGCUGAACAUCCAGACCCACAACAAGAAACUUGACAAUAUUUUUAAUCUCUGUUCAAAAGUAAUUUUGACUUAUCUCUCCUUUUCAGUUUAAGUAACUGCUGUUACUUAAGUGAUGAUACUUUUGCUCAAAUUGAAGCUUAUUGGAAUUAUAACUCUCAGGAUAGUAUUUUGUAAAUAAAGAUGAUUUAAAUAUAAAUUUAUGAGUAAACUAUUUCCAUUUUAUUUUGUUUCAGAGAGUAUAAUUUGAUUAAUGAAUUUAUUAUCACAUAAACAAUAAUGGGCGUUUUAUAUAUGUAAUUUUAAGGUUGGGUAUGUUUUAAACUCCAAAGACUGUGUCUUUAUGCCAAGAAUUGUAUUUACUAUGGUUGUAGACAAAUGUGAAAGUAACUCUACGCUUAACUGAAUAAAUUUUAAUUGAUUUAAGGA